AUGGGAAUUAAUUUUGGUGUAUGGAUCGCCGUAUGUGAAUGUAGAAAUACGGUUUGGCAGUUGAUAGGGGAAAUAUUGAGCAAUAAAAAUGAUAAAGUGGUGUUGUUAACAGAUUUUAAUCAAGUAGAAUAUCAUAAUCAAAAAGUGGGGGGCUCAUUAAAUAUACCAGGGAAGGAAGACUUCAUGAAUUGGAGAAAUAAAUGGCAAUUACUUGAAAUACCCUUUCAUGGUUUAAAUUAUACCUGGAGCAAUAACAGGGGGGAAAAUGAUUGUAUUUAUGAAAGGCUUGACAGAGGAUAUGCUAGGGAGGGUUGGCACAACUUAUACCCAGAAGCUAAUAUCAUAAACCUUCCAAUUCUUGUUUCUGAUCAUUCUCCCAUUAUUCUGGACACUAAUUCUGAAAGGAGAAAGAAGAAGAGGCUAUGUAAGAUUGAUAGUUGGUGCUUGAGUAUGGAACAACCAAAAGGGAUUAUUGCAGAUGCUUGGAGAAGGCACAUAGAAGGUUCCCCUAUGUUUAGAUGGUCAAGAAAGCUACAACAAGUAAGGUAUGAUCUACUCAAAUGGUGUAAGAAUUUCCAAAAGGAUAAUAAUAUAAUUUGGGAUGAUAUCAUAGAAAAUUGUGACAAAUCGCAAAAACAGAUUAAGAUGGAUGAAGACAUGAAGCAGGCAAAGGAAAUUCGAGAAGAUGGUCUACGAAGUGCAUUGAUCAAACUUGAUUAUUGGAGGCAAAGAGCAAAAGGGAAGUGGGUUGCCCUGGGAGAUAGUAAUACUGCAUUCUUUUUCCGAUGUGCUAAACAAAGAAAGACACGAAAUGAAAUCAGGUUACUCCAAGACAAUAAUGGGAACUGGACUUCAGAACCAGAGGUGAUCAAAAACUCUAUUUGCGACCAUUUUAGAAAUCUCUUCAAGGUGGAUGAGGAAGGAGUUCCUCUAGUGGCUUUCCCUGAUGAAAUUAAGAGGUUAAUUCCGAAGUUAAGUGAAAGUAAAAUAAGGAACUUGAAUUAUGAUAUUUCUGAAGGAGAGUUUAAGCAAGCAAUCUUUCAAAUGGGUGGUCUUAAAGCUCCAAGACCUGAUGGUAUUCCUGCUAUGUUUGAUAAAAAAGAAUGGGAUAUAGUGGGUAAGGAGGUUACUCAAGCUGUUCUUCCUUUCUUCAAAACUGGAUAUCUGUUAAAGGAAUGGAAUAGAACACUAAUAACCCUAAUACCAAAAACAGAUAUGGUUGGUCCGUUCCAAAAUGCUUUUGUGCCAAAGAGGUAUAUGGGAGACAAUUGUCUACUGGCUCAUGAAGUAAUGUUAUAUAAAGAGAAGGAAAAAGGGGUUAGAAAGAUUUGCUAUUCUUAUAGUUGA